UUUUAUCGCUGUGCUCCUUAAUCCAACGAGUAUGCUGUUUUAUCAUGUGAAGGAGGUGCUGUUCAAAUUUUACCAAGAUGAUAUUGCACGUAUUGUUGCCGCCUCCGUUCUGGUGUUUUCGCUGGUGUGCAGUUUGUAUUUAAGCUCCAUUAUCGGGUUGACGGUGCUGUUGUUUUUCGUUAAUGGCUGUGCAGCGGCCGUUUUCGUCCUCAACCACAAGGACACGUUCGGCAGGUACAUCCAGAAAGUGAAGGACUUCUUCGGUAUCAAAGAUUAUGAUGCAAGCAGUGGCCAUGAAUGUGACGUGUGCGGAAACGAGCGCUGUCCACGGCAUAACCGGAAAACGCUGCAACCGGAACCGUCGAGAGGGUUUACGAUCGAACGGUCGUUGGACGAGGCCGUUGAUAAGCUGCUUACUCACAUACUGGACACAUUUAUUCGCAGCUGGUAUAAUCAGGUGACACCAGACGAAGAAUUCCUUUACCAUUUGAAGGUAAAUCUCCGUGAUGGACUGUGCCGAUUGUUGCUACGCGCACGAGAGAUCGAUGCGCCCGGUGUCAUCAUGAAUCGGUUACUACCGACCGUCUUCAUACACUAUGAAAUCAUUUCGAAAAUGCUGCUCGUCGAUCGAGUACCGAUGGAUAAGCUGGCAAAAACGUUCGUCAUCGACGAGUAUCCUUUGCAUCCGGCAGUACUAAACCGUGCGGCUGAGCUAAACUACUUGCGGGGCAUUGCAAAGGUGCUCAUUCCACGACUCUUUACCGUGGAAAACACAAGCUGCAAGAUCUUUUUCAAUCUCGUCAAGGAGUUGCUCACGUUUUGGGUACUGCUUCCGAUUAUGGAUGUGAUUGCGGAUCCGAACCUGAUUAACCUGCUCAUAGUCACGGCAACCGAUAAGCGAACGAAAGACGGGCCACGAGGCCCAGUGGAUGCCAGUACGAAAAGUAAAGCCCGGGGGGAAACAGUCGAAAUAUUGCGUGACUUUGUGGAGCGCAGCUUGCGUAAGGUGGACUGUGGUGUAACGGUGUCUGUUGCUCGACAGGAGAACUUCUGGAACGAUCAAAACAAACUGUACUACUUUAUGCAGUUUCUCAUCAAGGAAGGAUCCGUGGAAUUGUUGCGCUUCUAUCUGGAUGUUGAUAUUCUAAACAAGGAACUUGAAGAUCCUCACAUAACCACAGACCCAACGAAGCUCUCGUCCUUGCAUCAACAAUCGGAACGACUACUGCGCGCCUAUCACGCUAUGAUACAGGCGGAUGGUGGCGAAGAGAAUGCAUCGAAGGUGAACACCCUCACCGAGGCACACGAACGAGUGCGUGCCAAGCUGGAGGAGAAAUGGGCCAAACAGUUUAGCAAAACCUCCGAAUACUUUGAGCUGGUGUACGGAAGUCGAGAUAUUACCGAGAGUACGGACAAACGAGGCGAUUCGGCUGGAUCCGCAGGGAACAAGUUAAGUACAAAAUUCAAGGAAGUUAUCCGAGGUGCCGUUGAUGGAGCACCGAUCGAAGCAACCGAGGCGCCUACUGUGUGGGACGCAUUGAAUGAUGUGCAUGCAAUACCUAGCAACAAUAUCUACAACUCGGUCACACAGAAGCUGCGAAAAGAGAAAGGACAAAGCUUGGACGUAUUUAUGGCCACGUUUAUGCAUUCCAUUGAGCAAAGUCCCGACAUUGGUGAAGACGUUGCCAUGGAGAAGGAACCUGCUAAAAAGAGAACGAAAAAACCAGGCCAAAGUAUGGUUUUUGGUGAUCUGUUCGAACUUAAGAAAGCUUCCAAAAAUACUCACACGACAACAUUGCUUUCGCACAGCGUUCGUGGUCCUUCGCAGUGUUUCGUUUACAUUCUGGUUAAAGUGCUGAACGCUCCGUUCAUAAUCGUCCGGCUAGCACUAGCGUUCUGCUGUGUCUCGCGCAAAACUGUCGAUACACUAAUCAACUCGCUAACGGCGAGAUUGAUUCGGGCGGGGUUAAAGCAGAGCCGGCUUGCGUUUUUAAUUACUUUACUACGCGAGCACGUGUUUCUGCGCAAGCUUUCGGAACCGACACCGGCCACCUUGUUAAAGCGACAGCAGGAAGCCCGCAAACGACUGGAGGAGCUUCGUACCGGACUGGGGAACUUGGCCGAUGUGCUACAAUCACCGGCACUAAACAAGCAUUUAAUGUACUGCCUGUUUGAUAUUCUGCUAGCUGAGAUGUAUCCAGAGUUUGACGAGAUGCCACCAAGCAGCACUAGGGAAUAGAAGCAGUGUGAUAAUGAGAUUACGGCCAAAGCUCUCUUACUGUGUUGCUGUACCGCACGUGUAUUAGUAUACAUUAAAUAAAAUACCCUUU